GCAGAACCAUCUACCUUCCAGAGAAGCCAGAGAGAAGAGAGAGAGAAGAGGGAACCACAAAAUCCAUAGCCUGCUAUGCAGUAUUUAGCAUACGGAUCAGUCACACUUUCCAAUGAACUGGUCAGGGUUUUUGAAACCAUGAUUAUUUCGGAAUACCCCUAUCCAGCAAAACUUGUGAGAUAGGAAGAGAUCAUGGGGACUUACUGUUCUGAGCUUAGUUGAAAAUUUCUGUCUCUGAAAGCCUGGCAUAAAGAUCUCCAGACAGCUAUCUGAUCACAGAACAGGAUUUAUGCCUAACUGCAGUGACACAGCAAUGAUAUCUUCUUCUGUGCUGCUGGAUGGAGGAGAUGAAGUGGAGUGCAGUAUUUUAAGAUUUCCAGAUCUGGACUUGAAAGAUCCUCUUCCUUUGACAGCCAAAAGCAAUCUCAAAGCGGAAUCAGAUACCAGUGUCAGAAAGAAGUAUGCAUUUGCAAAGAAGAAGGCAUUUGCCCUCUUUGUCAAAGCAAAGGAAGUGCAGGUCACAGCUAGCUGCCCUCCAGCUAUGUGCAGAGCGGGACUGGGGUGGAAAUGCUGCAGACAAACCUUUAACGACCUCACCGGCAUUCACAUACACGUCGCCACGCAGCAUUCCAGUGACAUCCGGCAGCAGACAGGUGUGAUUCUAAAGCAGUUGGCUGCUGAAGCCAGCACCUCAAGUAACCCAGCUUCUGCAGACGAGGCAGAUAGGCUAAGCGGUCCCACCUGUAACAGCCAGGAGCUCUCUGAUAGGCUCCCAGACACAAGCCACAUUAGUUUUGAUGAACUGACAAGUGGAGUGGGAGAAGUGCUGUUAUAUUACUGUUACCGGGAGGUGAAAGACCCAGUGAGGCUCUGUGCUUGGCAGAGGUCUCUGUGCCAGCACCUUCAUCUCACUGGCAAGGUGCGCAUUGCUUCAGAAGGCAUUAAUGGGACAGUUGGUGGAAGCAAAGUAGCUACCAGUCUUUAUAUAGAGGCAAUGCUUUCCCACCCUCUGUUCAAAACGAUUUUGUGCAGAGAGGAUUUCAAGAGCAGUGCUGGAGGAGCUCACUGUUUCCCAGACCUUCGAGUUGGCGUAUUUGAAGAGAUUGUACCCAUGGGCAUCAAUCCAAGCAAAGUCUCCUACAAAGAAACCGGAAUCCAUUUAUCCCCUGAGGAAUUUCAUAAAGAAGUAGAAAAAUAUUUAUCUCAGGCUCCUCAAGCACAAAGCGACACCAUUUUACUGGACUGCAGGAACUUUUAUGAAAGUAAAAUAGGUCAUUUCCAGGGCUGCCUGGCUCCAGACAUCAGGAAGUUCAGCUACUUCCCCAGCUAUGUAGACGACAAUCUCGAGCUUUUUAAAAACAAGCGCGUAUUGAUGUACUGUACAGGAGGGAUCCGCUGUGAGCGCGGCUCCGCCUACCUCAGGACCAAGGCUGCAUGCAGGGAGGUUUACCAGCUCAAGGGUGGCAUCCACAAGUACCUGGAAGAGUUUCCGGAUGGGUUCUACCGGGGGAAGCUGUUUGUGUUUGACCAACGUUACACCAUCUCUGCCAACGAAGAUGUCAUUGCAGAAUGCAGGUACUGCGGGACGCUCUGGGAUCAGUACAAACUGUGCUCCAGCCUGCACUGCCGGCAGCUCGUCCUGACCUGCCCAAGCUGUCGAGCGAAGGGAUUCACGGCUUGCUGCCCCGUUUGUCAGGAGAAAGGGCUCAAGCUGGCUUCAAACCCUUCUGGAUGGAUGGUCAAGGAGGAAUGUGAAUGCACGGACAGACGGCAGCGGGUCCCAGGAAAAUGUUAGACAUUCAAUAAUAUACACUCGCGUUCUAGGGCAUGGGGCUUCCGAAUGUGGGUGCCCGCUUCCCAGUUAUUUUCAUUGGAUUUGUACUUUGAGACCCCUGAGGGGGCUUUGAAUCGCUCAGCCCCAGUGUCUCUUUAGCACUUGACAGUGAACCAUGAACUACCCCCAGCCAAGUGUAAAUUAAUGGAGCGUCAAACACCACAGUGGUGCUACAGGAUUCCUCCCACUGCAGCAAAGUUACUGUUCUGCCUCCCACAAUGUGAUGGGCGCCAGAGAGAACUUGAUGAUUACAGCACAUGCCAUGGGAUUCGGCCACUCACAACCAAGCAGGAGCCAGAAGGUGAAGGAACAAGCAAGGUCUGUGCUGGCUUUGUCAGCAUCAUUGUGUGUGUGUGUCCUGGGCCCACCCCACAGACUCUGCAUGGGCUAGGGAGAUGGAGGCAGCAGGUUUUUAAUCACUGGGAACACAAGCAGACUGUGGUUGAGGCUAUUUUCCACAUAUACACCAGCAGCCAGAGUCUUCUCUCCCUUACACCAGUGUAAGUCAGCCUAGCUACACAAGUCCCUGGGUUUACACUAGCGACCAGCAGGUGUGAGACCAGAAGCUGGACCCACGACUUCAUCAGAGCAAAAGCUGGCGACACUCAAUGGCCAUGUACAACCUCAGGCAUGUUCAUCUGGCGGGGCAUGUUGUGUGGGAAGAGAGAGAAGUAUAAACCACUCACUGCCCCUCUCUCGUGGCAGUCAGUGUCCAUGUCCUACCAUGCAGAAGGGAAUUCACGUGACUGAGUUUUUAAAUGUCCAAGAUCUAGCCCUGAGCCCAGGACUUGCAUUGUGCUGUGUGUGCUGCAGAAAACUGGCGGGGUUCUGAAAUGCAUUGAAAUGCAGCCAUUUGCUGAGGAAAGCACAGGGGCAUGAUGUAAAUAGUAAUGAGCACCGUAGGAGUAGGAAUGGUGGUGUGUGGAGUCCCCAUGUGAUUGUGCGCAAUGGACACACAAGAGCCGUGUAGCCCGAGGGGGUUAAAUGCAUCUCCAUGGAUCCAGAGUGGUACUGCUACACUUAUUGGCAUGGACUGUGUAGUUCUGCUGCUGCUGUUUCCCCUUUGAAACGUAUGCCCCCAUCUGUACCGGUAAAGUCAGUCAGUGGCUAGGUCCUGACAAUGGCUUUUAAAAAACCCUUUGCUCAGUGUCACAGGGUCUGCUACUCACUGCUCGGCAGCGCCUCCUUGUGGCUCAUCUGGGGAACUAGUUCGCCACUGUCUGGCUGUCGUUCAGCCUGUUGCCUCUGUCACUUUCACUGCAGCCCUUUGCUCUCUGCAGCGCUGCUCCUUCAUGGCUUAGCCCUCUGGUCAGGUCACCCUCAGUCUCCCUUCCUCAAAGGCUCAGGCCGUCUCCAUCUCCAGUGCACGGCCUGCGCCACUCCUGCACGGGCUGGUAGGGGAACCUAGGCCUGCCCUCUACACCAGCCUCCAAGCCAGGGACCCUCAGCCCAGCAUGUCAGGUCUGUCCCUGUCACCCUUUACUGCUCCUCCUUCCCUGGGCUGUGUCCAAGCCUGCCUUUGUCACGCGCCUACUGUCCCACUUGUACCAGGGAGGGUGCCUGCAGGCUCACCUCCCUGCAACCCCCUCCUCCCCUACCUGUUCCUGCCCGGGUGAGCUGUUAUCUCCACCAGGCUCACUGCCCCGUAGCUCCCCAGCAGGUGCAGCCUAAGGCUCCUUGGCCUCUCUUGC